AUGGCUAAGUUAGUGAAACAUGAAGGCAACAACAUUGAUAGACUCAGUGGUCUACCAGAUUCAAUUAUAUCUCACAUCCUGUCAUUACUUCCCACAAAAUAUGCAGUCCGCACCUCCGUUUUAUCAACUAGAUGGAGGUUUCUUUCUACUUCAGUUUCUACUCUUGAUUUUUAUGAUUAUGAGAACCCUUCUGAAAGGUUUAUGAACUUUGUGGAUAGAGUGUUGUUGUUUCAUAAUGCGGCAUGUAUUAAGAGAUUUCGUCUCAUUUGUGGUGGAUUCCAUGAAGAUGUCGAUGCUUAUAGAAUUUGUGGUUGGAUAUCUUUUGCUUUACGGCAACGUCUUCAAGAACUUUAUUUAGAGAUACGGAUUGGAGACCCAAGGGGUAUGUUGCCUGCGAGUCUCUUUAGGAAUAAGACACUCACGAAAUUAGAGCUAGAUGUUUCAAAGUUUGUUAUGACCAUUCCUACUAAGGUCUGCCUUCCAAGUCUUAAAAGUCUCCAUCUUGACUGUUUAGAAUUUGUCGAUGAUGAUUCAGUUCGAAGGCUUUUCUCUAGUUGCCCUGUGCUUGAAGACUUGUUUAUAUGCUCUUGUCUCUGGCGCAAUGUUAGAGAGUUAAAUAUUUCUAAUCCUUCACUCAAGAGAUUGACUUUGAACCUUUUCGGUGAUUGUGGCCGACUUUCUCAUGUUGUCAUUGAUGCCCCAAAUCUUGUCUACUUCAAAUUCUAUGGGACUUUACUAGAGAGAUAUUCAUUAGUAAACCUACAUCCUCUUGCAAAGGUUGAUAUGAGAAAUCUAGUUAAUCUUGGAGAAAAAUUGGUCAACCAAGAUGCUGCAAUUAAUUUUUUUAAUGGAAUUAGUAAUGUUCGAUCACUUUAUUGCAAUGAUGAUUUAUUGUGGCAUCUAAAUUUGUGCAACAAGCCCGUGCCUGUGUUUCACAACCUGGUCCACGUAGAGAUUAGAAGAAAGUGUUUGAGGCAAAAGACUGGACUGGCUGAGUUGCUUGAAUGUUCAAUUAACCUGGAGACUCUUAUUGUUCAUAAUGGAGCUUUCGGAGAUCUAUUCUGGCAUCGACCUGAAAAUAUACCUUUUUGUCUCUUGUCUCACCUUAAGGUGAUUGAAAUUUAUUCAUUUGGUGGUCAUAUGGAAAUGGUUGAGUAUUUUUUAAAGAAUGCAAGAGUUUUAGAGAAGCUCAAAAUACAAAUGGCCCUGAAAGUGAGAAAACAAUUUGAGAUUGCCAAGAAAUUGUUGAUGUUGUCAAGGGAAUCAAAGAUAUGCCAAGUGGAAGUGGUCUAA